CUCUCUAUUUCUCUCUCUGAUUAUGUCCUCUGAUUAUGGCCUCUUCCUGAGGGUUCGGGACACAGUUGUCUAAAUGUUGCAUGUUCGCUUCCAAGAAAAUCUCUCAGACACGAAAUUGCUAUCAAUAAAAAUGGGCAACCUCUUCCUGAAAUUGUUGGCUUCAUUGUCAUCAACCCUAAUAGUGAUCUCUCAACUGUCUCUUUGUCUGCAAAACCCCAAACUUUGUGGCUUGAUUCAUUAUAGGAUUAGGGUUCCGAGACCCAUAUCUGAAAAUCUCGUUUGGAAGUAUUCUGAGGUUAGUGUUUGUGGUUCAGGGUUACUGUGUUGGGGUUUUCUUGGGUUUGUUUUGUGAUCAGAGAGAAGAUGGAGGAGAAGGAUCAUGAGUAUUUUCUGGAAAAUGGGGAUGAAGAUAGGAGCUGCGAUGGAGUUGCAGAAGAGAGGAGAGAGAGUGAUGAUGAGGAGAAUGAGUGGAAUGAUGAGCGGCAUUCGUCUAAGUUCUUGUCGACUCAGUGGCCUCAGAGUUACAGGGUAGCUACUGAUUCUUAUACUAUCGCUGCGUCCCCAAUUUUUGGGUCUCUCCAGCGAAUACCUAGUGGAAGAUAUUCAAGUUCCUAUAAGAGCGGUUUGAGCAUUCCGGGCUGGGACUCAAAUGUGCCAUUUCUCUCUGGAAAACUUGGUGAGAAGCAAGAAUCAGAUAAAAAUUUGUUGAUUACAUCAGAAUAUCAGCAUGAAGGGGUGACUCCUCUAUCGAGACAUCACACUGGAGAAGUAUAUAUAAGUCAUGGAUGCAGCUUCACUCAAACAGUUUUCAAUGGAGUAAAUAUAUUAGCUGGUGUUGGCCUUCUUUCUACUCCAUAUACCAUCAAGGAGGCAGGUUGGGUGAGUUUGGGGUUACUGGUUCUCUUUGCGUCUAUCUGCUGUUAUACUGGCAUUCUCAUGCGAUACUGUUUUGAAAGCAAAGAUGGCAUUUUGAGCUACCCAGACAUUGGAGAAGCGGCAUAUGGGCGAUACGGGCGCUUGUUUAUCUCGAUUAUUUUGUACUUGGAGCUAUAUUCAUAUAGUGUGGAAUUUAUUAUAUUGGAAGGUGAUAAUCUGUCUAGGAUAUUCCCUGGAGCUUCUAUCGACUGUCUUGGAUUUCAUAUUGACACCAUGCACUUCUUUGGAAUUUUAACUGGCCUAAUAGUUCUACCUACUGUUUGGCUAAGAGAUCUCCGACUUAUAUCCUAUCUUUCUGCUGGUGGCGUUCUUGCAACAUUCAUGAUUUUUAUCUCAGUGCUUGUUGAGGGUACUGUGGGCGGGGUAGGGUUCCAUCAUUCUGGUCCUCUUCUAAACUGGACUAAACUCCCAUUAGCAAUUGGGGUUUAUGGAUUUUGCUAUUCGGGUCAUGCAGUCUUUCCAAACAUAUACCAGUCAAUGGCUGAUAAAACCAAAUUCAAGAAAGCAUUACUUGUUUGCUUUGCUUUGUGUACUGCAAUAUAUGGGGGAGUUGCGACCAUGGGGUUCCUUAUGUAUGGUCAGGGUACAGAAUCUCAAAUAACCCUGAACUUACCGAAGAAUGACAUUGCUUCACAAGUAGCAUUAUGGACAACUGUGAUCAAUCCUCUCACCAAAUAUGCGCUGCUAAUCAAUCCCUUAGCAAGAGGUUUGGAGGAGUUGUUGCCAGUAGGGACUUCCAAUGAGUUCUUGUACUCCAUUCUUAUACGGACAGGACUUGUUGUUUCGACUGUAUGCGUCGCUUUUCUUCUACCCUUUUAUAGUCUUGUGAUGGCAUUGAUUGGCUCUCUCCUUAGUAUACUUGUGGCUGUGAUAAUGCCAACUCUAUGUUUCCUAAGGAUAGUGGAGAAGAAAGCUACAUUUUUGCAGGUUGUGUUGUGCUUCACAAUAAUAGGAGUGGGUGUGGCUAGUGCAGCCCUUGGCACUUACUCCUCUGUAUCAGAGAUUGCCAGAAACUAUUGAUAAGCUAUCCGCCGAGCCAAAGAUCCCCCAAACAUGUCUAUGGAUUGAACGAUAAGACAGAUGAUGCUAACAAAUUUUUCAAUGGUAAUUACCUCCCAUUGUGUUAAAAAGGAGGCAGACAUCCCGGUGCCCAAUUUGAAUUUGUUAAUGAAUUCUCAUCACAAAUCCUGUACUCUAGCUCAGUGCGAUCAAAAAAUCAUAAUGCGUAGUCAUCUGUUCAUAACAAAUGUUUUGAUGGAGGGCACAUGGGUGGUAUUUACCCUCAUAGAGGCUAAUUUAGGUAGGUUUAGGCAAGUGUUAGAGAACAUGGUGCAGUUGUGACUGAUGACUGCUAAUUUUCUUUGGACUGCGAUGCAUAGCCGUGCUUAUAGUAAAAUGUAGAAAGAAAGACGUGAAUAUGUGUGUUGGAAGAGAGGGAUCACUUGUCGUACGAGAUGGUAAAGCCAUCUUCCCUCUCCAAAAUUUCUCUCUUCUAUUGUUAUCAGAAUUGAGAAUCCCAGAUGGUGAAUUUAUGAUGAAAUUUUACU